AUGAAUCCUAUGAAGACUGCCGCUCCCCUCCUAUGGCUCUCCUUUUGCUUUGGGAGUAUCCUCGAGGCAGUGGUACUCGGAUCAUUACAGUACCCCUCUGGCGCGGAUGAUAACGGGUUUGCCUCACAUCUGGCUGUGCGCAAUCCUGGAGAAAGGCGCGCGGUCAUCAGUAACGACCAUUCAUGGAACAGUACCUCGGUCCAUAUUCCGUCGUACAUGAUAUCUCUUUACAGGACUCUCUCUGAGCUAGAGAGACGCGGAAUCAACAACAGUCGCUCGCGUUCAACACGACAUGCCAACACAGUGACCAGUUUCGUGGAUCAGGGGAAAGACCACCACUCCUCUGAAUCUUAUCAGCAGUACUUUUUCGACCUCUCCAGUCUCUCCAGGACAGAUGAGUUGGUGGAAGCAGAGCUGCGGAUCUUUCGGAAGCUGCCUCCAGAUGUCCCACUGUUACUCUCCCGGGAUGGAAACCUAUAUCGACUCCUGCUCUACUCCUGUUCCUCUCGGGGAAGUCUGGAGAAUUCACUGCUCCUACACUCCCGCAUCAUUGACGUUCUGGACACCAACACGGUGAAAUGGGAGGUGUUUGAUGUGAGAGCCAGUGUGAGGGCACACCAAAAGAUUCACAGGACAGCAAAAAGUCUUCUGUGUUUUCAGUUAGCCGUCAUCUCCGAAUCAAAUCUCAAACCAGUGCCUCCUUCUAUGUUGGGGCUGAGCUGGCAGUCACGCCAGCCAAAUGAGGAGGCCCUGUUGGUGGUGUUUUCCCGUGCGCGAAAGAGGGAGAAUCUCUUCAAGGAGAUCCGUGAGAAGAUGAAAGCGAUGGAGAACAAAGGUUUCCCUGACCUGCGAACGUUUGACCACAGUGCAGGGAGUCAUUGGUCUAGACGUCGGCGACGAAGGAGGACUGCCAUCUCCGGACGACAAGCUGGAACUGCGGGUGGUGUUGGAGGCGGAGCUGGAGGUGGCGGCGGCGGCGGCGGCGGUGGGACGACAGCCGGGGGAAAAGGCAAUGGGAGAAAGAGAACUCGUUGCAGCCGGAAACCGCUACACGUGAACUUUAAGGAAUUGGGCUGGGACGACUGGAUUAUCGCGCCUUUGGAUUACGAGGCGUACCACUGUGAGGGCGUGUGUGACUUUCCACUACGUUCCCAUUUAGAGCCCACCAACCACGCCAUAAUCCAGACGCUGAUGAACUCCAUGGACCCAGAGUCCACCCCACCCAGCUGCUGUGUCCCUUCCAAACUCAGCCCCAUCAGUAUCCUCUAUAUCGACUCUGGGAAUAAUGUGGUGUAUAAGCAGUAUGAGGACAUGGUUGUGGAGGGAUGUGGAUGUAGGUAG